GUUGCUGUGAGCCUCAUUUGAUUCGGGAUUUAAUUUCUCGACAGACUUUGGAUACCACAUCACAUCUGUCCUCCUGCAUUUCAUCACCCAGAAGUUUCAGUGAGAGUGUCAGUUUGAAGGUGUACGCGCAUUGAUCCACUGCAGGAGCAUGUUGCCCCCUGUGAAGAAGGACCGGGUCAUUACUCAGCUCCCAAAUUGUUUUAGUCCGAAUGCAGCACUGCAUACCAAAGAUGGCUUCCACCCAAAUGUGAAGGCCGCAUGCCAGUUACAGAGGAAAGACACAGUGAGCUUUAAUAUGGCGAAGGUCAUCGUAGUGGGAGAUGUUGCAGUUGGGAAGACGUGUCUGAUCAGCAGGUUUCGUAAGGGUGCGUUUGAUAAGAACUACAAAGCAACCAUAGGAGUGGAUUUUGAGAUGGAGCGUUUCGAGGUGCUCGGUGUUCCCUACAGCUUACAGCUGUGGGACACUGCAGGUCAGGAGCGCUUCAAAUGCAUCGCUUCAACAUAUUACAGAGGAGCACAAGCCAUUAUAGUGGUGUUUGACUUGAGCAGUGUGAGCUCUUUAGAACACGCCAGGCAGUGGCUGGAGGACGCCAUGAAGGAAAAUGACCCGUCCAGUGUUUUACUGUUCCUUGUCGGCACGAAGAAAGACCUCAGUUCUCCUGAUCAGUUGCUUCAGGUUGAGCAGGAAGCCAUCAGACUCUCUGAGGAGAUCAAAGCAGAGUACUGGGCUGUGUCUGCCAAGUCAGGAGACUGUGUCAGAGAUUUCUUCUUCCGUGUGGCCUCACUGACCUUUGAGGCCAAUGUUUUGUCCGAUAUCGAGAGAAGUGGCUCGAGGCACGUUGGUGACAUUAUCAGGCUCACAGACAGCACAGAGGCCAAUCACAAACCAAACAGGAGGAAAUCCAACUGCUGCUGA